UUACCGUGACGUCAUAUAUCAACAAAAAUUUGUGGAAAGUCAACCUAGCGCAACCUUGCUACAGGAAUCUGCGUAUUUUCCCAUAAUUUAUGAGAUAGAGCUGUCAUAGGGCACCAUGGCUACUGCUCCACCGCCCCCUAGUUAUAACGAUGCCACAAAUCCAGGCUAUGGCUACAGUGAUCCUAAUGCUCCCAACGCGGGAUAUGCACCUGUCCCACUAAAGGAAAUGGACAAUGCAGGUCAGCCCCCACCACCCCAGCCUGCUGGCUAUGGCUACGGCACAGGAUAUGCUGCACCGCCACCUGGUGGCUAUAGCCAGCCUCAACCCACUGGCUACGCAGCCCCUAAACCGGAAGAUACUUCAUACACUGUGGAGGAGGAAUGGGCAGGGCAGUCCUUCUCAGAUAAAGCUGUCCGAAGGAAUUUUAUCAAAAAGGUAUACCUGAUAUUAGCAGCACAACUGGCUGUUACAUUUGGCAUCGUGUGCAUUUUUUCACUUGUAGAACCAGUGGGAUUGUUUGUUAGACAUAACAUUUGGCUUUAUUGGAUAUCCUAUGCCCUGUUCAUCAUACUCUACAUAGUCCUGGUAUGCGUGCGAGAGGCUCGCCGUAGCUUCCCUGCUAACUUCAUCUGCCUGGCUGUGUUUACGCUGGUGUUCUCGUACAUGACGGGCACCAUCGCGAGCUCCUACACCACGGAGUCUGUCAUGAUUGCCGCUGGGAUCACUGCCGCAGUGUGUCUGGCUGUAUCAAUCUUUGCCAUCCAAACCAAGAUUGAUUUCACCCUCUGUUCCGGACUGAUAUUUGGUCUGUUCAUGGUGCUGUUAUUCUUUGGCCUGUCCGUGAUGAUUGUUUACCUUGUCACACCUGUGGACUACUUUGCCGCCAGGGUGCUGUCGUGCGUUUGGGGAGGUCUGGCUGCUCUGCUCUUCGUUCUGUUCCUGAUCGUUGACACCCAGUUGUUGUUUGGCGGCAAGAAGUAUUCACUGAGCCCAGAGGAGUAUAUCUUUGCUGCACUGCAGCUCUAUCUGGAUAUCGUGUAUCUGUUCCUUAUCAUUCUGUCGUUAUUUGGAGGUAAGAAGUAAGCAACACGAGGCGGUGUAAAAAAGGCAGGUACAGGAUUUUGCUGAGAGCAGGGUAAAAAAAUGCCGGCUUGCUUAUCAGGUUUUGUCUGUACCCUCCUCAAAACAUCAAUGAUGAAUAAUAAUGACCAUAGCGAUAAUGAUGCUACUUUAUAUAAUUAUGGGAGCUAAAGUUGAAUGUGGGCAUGACAAUAUGUAUAGAUACAGACAUAUUACAGUUAAAAUAGAAUUGGCAUAUAGAUAAAUCUGUACAUUUUUACUCAAAAUGACAUUAAUAUUUAACACACACCUCUAGUUAAAAGCAGGCUUUAAUUUUUUUAUUUUUUUUUGAAAUAAUUUUUUUCAAAUAAGAGAAAAAAUAGAUUUCCUAAUUGUUUAUUAUUUAAGGUGUCAUCAGUAACCUUGUGUGCAUACAGUUUUGUUGGGUUGCUUAUUAGAAUUGUAGUCAGGAAUCUGAAUUGUUGAAUAUC